UCAACAACUAUCUACGAAUAUUCAUCAAAUCAUUCAAUUCCAAUUAGAAAAUUUAAAAAUUCUUCCUCAUGUAUUUCCACUCACUGCCACACUCGAGUUACCCCAAGACCAAUAUAAUGCAUUAUCAACUAUAACCACAUAUAUGGGCAAAGCUGACGGCACCAGAUGGCCUUACUUCUUCAUAACAGGACCAGCAGGAACUGGAAAAUCAUAUAUCAUUCACUUAAUAAUAAAAAUGCUCAACCAAAGAAGAUCUAAUUACCUAUUACUUGCACCAACAGGUGUAGCAGCCCAAAAUAUAGGAGGAAGAACCAUACAUUCCGAACUUCAACUUACGUCUACCCAAUCUGGAUUUACCUCAAAAGCUUUUACAAACAUGGAGCUUAAAACUCACUUACAACGAAUCGACACACUAAUUAUCGAAGAAAUCUCAAUGGUCUCUGCCGAACUAUUAGACUAUAUAUCAAACCUAUUCGCAAGACUACACAACAACGCUAUCGCUUUCGGCGAAAUUAAGUAA